UUUUUCUUUAUACCAAACUCACUUGUAAAGUUUAUCAUUACAUUAUUUUUCUGGCAGUAUUAAUGUGCCUCUAUAAUCAUCCUAUCACAGAUAUUUGAUCAAUAUUUACAUGGCCAUUAACAGUUGCUGAUACCUCACCUCUAAAAUUUAAAAUUCAUAUGAGGACAAAAUUCAUGAGGACAACUGUUGUGUUGGUACUUUUUUACAGCUGUUAACUUAUUGUACCUCUGCCAGCAAGGCAUGCUCUCUCUCUCUCUCUCUCCCUCUCUCUCUCUAUCUCUCUCUUGCGCGCGCGUUAUCUGUCUCUCUCUGACACAGACACACACACACACACAAACAAACACAACAAAGAAGACUUGAACUGAGCUGACAGGAAGAUUUGCUGCUACCUGGAAAAACAACAAGAUAUGAGACAACCAGGACCUACUGAGAAAUAUUAAGCCUUAGAUUAACAUAACAGCCUCCCUCUUCUUGUGACAGGUCAGUUUCAUUUGUUCUCAAAAUGCAUUGUAACUGCAAUUUGUCGAGUAAGUUCAGACAAAUCUAAACCUAAAGACACAGACAAUAUCCUGUUUAAACACUGGGUUUAUAUUCCCAACCUUCAGCUUAAUAUCUGCAUUGUGUUUGGGGCUAUAUAUAUAAAGGGACAUUCUGGGAAAAGCCUGUUAGUUUACCAGACGGAUCCAAGGGUGGAAAUGGUAUGGACGGGAAAAUGUGCUUGCUCAUCCUAUAUCAGCAGGAGUGCAUGAAUCAGCGCUUGUUCUGUUACACCCAGAGCUAUUGUGACACACACAUACACACACACACACUCUCUCUAUCUCUCCCUCCCUCUCACAUACUCACAAACAGGCCGUAUGACUGAGUCAAGCUCAGUUUUUAGUUUGUAGCCGAGUUGAGAUAAGGCUUUCUGGGAAACGUAGCCUGGUUGGACAGCAUUCCAUUUAGAAAUAACCAUGUGUGCUCAACAGUUGGGACUUUCUUUAACAGUGUAAGAACCCUGGAUAUAUAAAGUCAGCUUUGUAAGGGGUCCCUGAUGGCUAUGUCUGCCCCCCGGUCGUCUGUGUUUACAUUUGAGUCUACAGUGCAUUCCUCCCAUGUGCUGCGCUGCCUGGACGAGCAGCGUCGCCGGGAAAUGUUGUGUGAUGUUACAGUGGUGGUGGAAGGUCAGGGUUUCAGAGCCCACCGCUCAGUCCUCGCUUCCUGUAGUGAGUACUUCACACACAGGAUCUCCACCCUCACACAGCACGGAGCGGUCCUCACUCUGCCACAAGAGGUGACAGUUGCUGGCUUUGAACCCUUGCUGAAGUUUGCCUACACUUCCAAACUUCUCUUCGGGAAAGACGAUGUCUUAGAAAUACGCAACUCAGCUUCCAUUCUUGGUUUCAGAGACCUAGACGAGGCAUGCUUUGAUUUCCUCCUCCCCAAGUUCUUCUCCAGCAGCAAGGGCUCUGCCCCUUUUCUGAGAAAAACCUGCUGUAAGAAGAAAUGUAAGAGGCGAUUAUCGAAGGAAGACCAUGGCGUAAACUCUGACUAUGUAUUGUUGGAUGAGAAAGAAGUAAAACCAGUUGCUGACUCACCAUCUCAACAGGAAGUGGCUUGGCUCUGUAACAAAUCAGUGAACAACAAAAUGGGAAGUCAGAACAGUGCAGGCACUCUUACACCUGUAGCUGAAGGGACAAAUGACUAUUUUAUGCUGUGUCCAAAGUAUCGCAGGCAGCUGGCUUGUGGGAAGAAAACUUGUGUCACAGAAAAACGUCUGAACAAUCCAGACCUUGCCUGCUCGCCCCCCUCCAGCAGUGCGAACAGUAAGAAUGAAACUGAGGUUGAAUUCCCUGAAAAUUCAACCUCAAAUCCCUCCAGACAGAGCAAAGGAGGAGCUGACGACCCAUGGAAAACUGAAAUACAUGACACGAAAACAGAGGCUGGCAUGGGCCGAGCGGAGUUUGAUAUGGUUAAAAGAGACAGAAAUAAAAGGCAGGGGAAAUGGAGUGAGAAGGAAAGAGAUAUGGAUACGGAGGAAGACAUCAGCUUUUCAGACAGAUCCAAUGUCAAGGCAGUCCCCUCAGGACCAAGCACAGUGCUGGGUGAGAGGUCAUCAGAGUUAAUGUUGCACCAUUGCCCCCUGAAGACCUUUGGUGAGGGCCCUGCAAUCACUGGGUCCCUGGGGCAUGAGAGGUUUGUCAUGGACAUUACAGAGGACAAGAACACAAGGGACUCUGGUGUACUAGCGCCAGUAUCCCUUCAUCAAAAGGCAGAGGAACAGGUAGAAGCUGAGCGGAAAAGGGCAGAUGAUGAGAUAGAUUCUGGCUGGCAAGAAAGAGGAAAAGGAGGACAAACAGGCAGCUUGGAGAGAGCAGCCCUGUGUAACACCGUGGAGAGGGAGGUGUCCAACGCGAGCUCGUCUCAGCUGAACUUCCAGGACCCUGAUGCAGGAAGUUCCUCUGAUACAGGGAGCGGACGGGCACAGAGCACAUCUUUAGAGUGUCUGAAGCUUCAAAUCAACCUCAGCUCAGCAAGCAACAGCUGUCCCUUUUUCCAAGAUCUGGACCAAAGCAAAUGUUUAUGGAAGGGAGCAGAGCUGUCUGAAUGCGAGGGGGUGUUUCAGUCAGGGGUGUCAUCCCUCAACUCAGGGGAGGAUGGAGACUCAGAGACAGAAACAGAAGGAGACAGUGAUACCUACACAAGAGAGAGGGCCAGACAGGUGCAGUUGCCAUUCUCUGUAGACUGGAUUGUGGAUCUGAGCAGAAAUGACUUCCAACAACUGCUGAAGCAACAGGUCUUUACACAUGAACAGCUGGAAUUAGUCCAUGAUAUGAGACGGCGCAGCAAAAACCGCCUCGCAGCUCAGCGUUGCCGCAAGAGGAAACUAGACUGCAUCUAUAAUCUGCAGUGUGAAAUCAACAAGCUGAAGACAGAGCGUGAGAAACUGAUCAUGGAGAAGAGCCAGCUGAACCAGCUGAAGUUGAAAACAUGUCAGAAUGUCUCUGCCUUAUGCCAGAGGGUCUGCAAUGAAGCCAACCUGCAGCCAGAGCAGCUCCAGGUGUUAGCCAAAUACACCUCCCCAGACUGCCCGCUGUCCUCUUUCUUUCCUUACAUAGAUGCACUCCUUUCACAGCCUGGGUUGCCACUCCAGCUUCAGGCAUCACUGUCAGCCUGUUCUGCGGGCCUUGAUAAGUACAUGGCGGCUGAGGAGGCUUCGUCCAGCUCCAGGAGGGAUACAGUCACAGGAGAUGGUCAACAUUCGCUUUAAAUGCACACCCGGCACACACACUGCAACUUUGCAUGAAACUCAUAGGAUCAUGGAGCCUGACGGACUGCGGUCUGAGAACAGGCUGCAAAAUAAAGCAGUGGCAUAUUUAUGAUCUCAUCAUAAUAUGACAGCACAUUUAUAAUGAGAAGGACAUAAUCAGCAAAAGUUUUAAUUAACUCCUGCUACCUUUUCCAUUUUAAAACUUAUGACUUACAUUGAAAGGUCAGGAAUACAGGUGUCCAAAACCAUUCAUUUUACUUUUACAUCAAUUAUAAGUCUUUGACGACCUUCUGUAGCGAUAUGUGUCCAGCUUUGCAACUAGCUUAUUACAGUUUGUUUUCUGGUUAAAGGUACCUGCUUACAAAUAAAUGUUGAGAAUGUUAAAAUGUUAGCACCGAGACAAUCACAACUUUAAUCAUAAAUCAAAGGGAACAAUGGUCUCUAUAUUUGUAAUGUGCUUUACUGCUUGAUUACCUCAGGAUGACACUCUCAUCCUUAUAUACUGUACAUAUGUAAUUGUUUAAAAAAACAUUUUGAUACAGUUUGAUACAAUAACGUUCUCAGGUGUUAAUAGGAAAAUACAGCUGACAAUACCUCUUGCAGACAGUGUUGGUUUUGCCCUCUCUAAGUAGAGUGCACCACAAAACAGCAUUUUGCACCAAAACCAGACAACUCAAUAGACAUAGUGUGCCACGUUUACCUUCUGGUCGUAUGUCAUAUUUCAGUCUGUAAUUGUGGUCGCCUGACCACAAUGACACAGCUCCUCUAGGUUGCACACACGUUUCAGAGCUUUGCUUUGACCCACUAAAACAGACCUCACAAACUUGCCUAAAUAUGUUUAAAGUGCUGUCUAGAGAAACUGUACCUUGGCAAAGCCUUUAUGCAUGAACAAAAUACACUUUUAGGAGAAAAGCUGCCUCACUCUCAUCACGUGGCAGUCUGUAUUAUGGUUGGUGUGGGACUCUUCUAUUGUUAUUCGAUGGAAAGAUUGUGUUUCACCCACAACCUGAUUAUCUUCAACGCCCUUAACUAAAUUACUGUCAAGGGUAAGGUGAACAAUGUGGCAAUAUCUCAUUGAUGAAAUGCAGUACGAGCAGAUUUAUGUUUAUAUUUUGUGUCUCUUGUACAAUUAACAGCACAAUUAUUUCUAUUUGUUUUGUGCAUCCCAUUCAUUACUCCAUUUUCUGUAGCUUUUCUGUUGACUUUCACCUGUAACCUUUCACCUAUUUUUGCCUGGCUUAUAGUUAUAUAAGCCGGUUCCUCAUGAUCAAGUUUCACUGUAAUAUAUGUGCAUAUAUUUAUAGAUUUAUGUUCACUCAUGAUAAUCAUUACAAUGCAGCUGUUCUUAAAAUUAUUUGUAUAAAACAUGAAAUGAAUAAUACUGUAAAUACAGAAAUCAGGUAUACAUUUUAUGAAGAAAUGCUGACCACAUCGUAUUUUUGAGGUUUGAGGGUGUGAAGACAUCUAGUGAUGGUUAAUCACAUAAGAAUGUUUUUUUCCUCCCACCAAGCCAACUUCAGACUGCACAUUCAGUAAUGCAUGAUAACGCUGGUGCUUAUUGCCCUCUAGUGGCAGUGCAUGUACAGUCAGUAGACUUAGAGCUGUAUAGACGUGUACUCCAAUGUAUGCUGCACAAAUUGCACUUCUACUGUGUUCCUUUAUUUUUACUGGCCAAAUGUAUCUUUCUAUGACAAUAUCCGGAUGGAUUGCCGCAUUUUUUAAGCAAAAAUGAAACAGAACCAAUGAACAUUAAAACAUUGCUCCAAACACAAA